CUAAAAUUUAAACUGAUAUUAUUAUGACUUAAAUACUUGUAUUGCACUCAAUGUAGGAUCCUUUGGUGCAGUUGCAAGCUGGUAGAUAUAAUACUUUUUUUAAAACUAACAAGGAAUAAUAGACUUCACCACGAGUGUUAUUUUCAGGGGCUUUCUUCUUUUAAUGCACUUUUUUUUUGCAACAUUAACAAUAUAAAAGAUAGACCACCGUAUUUGUAAAAUCCAAGUCAUAACCAUUCUGUGCUGGACUUAUUUGAUAGAUGCCCCUUUGUCGCAAUUAGGUUUACAUGGUAAAUUACAAUCAUCAAUAGGUUUUCUUUUUGCAAGAGUUUUUACGUCGUCCACGUAGAAAGGAACCAAGGCCGCUGCAGUAAGGACACUCUACCAGGAAGGCACACACUUUUAACUAAAGUCUGAACCUUAUAAAUAUCAUCAUAUUCUGUAUUGAAACACAACCUUUAUUAUCAUUACCUCUAUCGUGGGUAGUUUGUAUGGUGUACAGCGCCAUCUAGUGUCAUUAAAUAACACAUCCCUUCAGUAUAGCUGCCCUAGCUGAUCCCUGAAGGACCGUUCAUUAAACUCAACUUAAUUAUAAAUAUUUCAUUAUUAGAUCAAUAUUAUGCCUAAACACGUAAUUUCUAAAGACACACAGACACAAACAAACAAUGUCGUUUUUUUCCUUCAUUUUCAUGAAACGGACAACGGCGUAGCAUUUGUUCUGGCCCCAGUAACAGGGCGCAGGAGCCGGCCACGAUUGCGCCUGAUCAUAAUUAUCUGUCAGACGCGGAUAGCGGUUGGUGAGCUGGCUAGCUGAAGCUAAACUGGGUCCCUGUCAACUGACAGCUGAACAUAUUAUUUUCUCUCGAGCUGUGUUCCCCAAAACAAUUGCCACGAUGUUUGAGGAGGCCAGCGAAGUGUUCGACAACAUGUUCAAGUCUUCGUUCCCUUUAACCUUCAUUGUGUUCAUCCCCGCGGUGUUGAUCCUGGUGUCGCCGCUGCCGGCCGAGGCGGCACACGAGUUUACGGUGUACCGCAUGCAGCAGUACGACCUGCAGGGACAGCCGUACGGUACCAGGAAUGCCAUCCUGAAUACGGAGGCUCGUACGGUGGAAGCAGAGGUACUAAGUCGUCGCUGUAUUAUAAUGCGGCUGGCAGAAUUCUCCUAUGAACUGUACCAGAAAGCCCUGCGGCAGUCCGCGGGAGCUGUGGUCAUCAUCCUGCCCAAGAACAUGUCUGCUAUGCCCCAGGACAUAGUGCAGCAGUUCAUGGAGCUGGAGCCGGAGAUGUUGGCCACCGAGACCGUCGUCCCCGUCUACUUUGCCAUGGAGGACGAUGAGCUGCUGUCCAUCUACACCCAAACCCUGACCUCCUCUUCAUCACAGGGGUCGUUAUCCGCAGCAGAAGUGCUGCUGCAUACAGCCACAGCCAACGGCUUCCAGAUGGUAACCAGUGGAGCUCAGAGUAAAGCUAUCAGUGACUGGGCCAUUACCAGUCUCGAGGGUCGUCUGGCUGGCAUUGGAGGAGAUGACCUGCCCACGAUCGUGCUGGUGGCCCACUACGACUCCUUCGGUGUUGCUCCAUGGCUGUCGUACGGAGCGGACUCCAACGGCAGCGGGGUGUCCAUGUUACUAGAGCUGGCUCGUCUCUUCUCAAAACUGUACACCUAUAAGAGGACACAUGCUGGGUACAACCUGCUGUUCUUUGUGUCUGGUGGGGGAAAGUUCAACUACCAGGGCACCAAGCGUUGGCUGGAGGACAAUCUGGACCACACGGACUCCAGUCUGCUGCAGGACAACGUGGCCUUUGUGUUGUGUCUGGACACUCUGGGCAACGGGGACACGCUGCACCUCCAUGUGUCCAAACCUCCGAAAGAGGGCAGUCCUCAGUAUACUCUACUCAAAGAGCUGGAGAUGGUGGCCGAGAGCCAGUACCCAGAGGUCAAGUUCUCCAUGGUCCACAAGAAAAUCAACCUGGCCGACGACAUGCUGGCUUGGGAGCACGAGCGCUUCGGGAUCCGCCGCCUGCCGGCCUUCACGUUGUCCCACCUGCCCUCCCAUCGCCUGGCUCAGCGCGUCAGCAUCAUGGACUCGCGGUCAGUGUCCCCCUCCUCUCGCCACGGAGCGGGAGAGCCCCCUGCCGGGCCUCACGUAGAUGUGAAGAAACUCAGCAGGAACUCCAAGCUGGUGGCAGAGGCGCUGGCCAGGGUCAUCUACAACCUCACGGAGAAGGGGGCUCCUGGAGACCUGCAGAUCUUCACUGAACAGAUGGUGCAGGACGAGCAGCUCUCCGCGGUGGUGGACUGGCUCACAGCUCAGCCCCGAGCCGCUCAGUUGGUGGACAAAGACAGCAGCGUGGUGUCCACUCUGGAGUACCACCUCGGACACUACCUCAAGGAUGUCAAGAGACACUACGUCAAAGCUGACAAAAGAGAUCCAGAGUUUGUAUUCUAUGACCAGCUGAAGCAGACGAUGAACGCUUACAGAGUGAAGCCUGCUAUUUUUGACUUGCUGCUGGCUGUCUGCAUCGCAGCCUACUUAGGAGUGAUGUAUCUCGCUAUCCAGAACUUUGGCGUUCUGUACAGUGUUGUGCGUAGAAUCACCCAACCCAAGACGAAGACCCACUAAGGUGCACGACAACAUUGUUCCCCCCCAUAUCCCACUCUCUCCCACAAAAUCAAGGAACUUUUGACCAGUAAGAACAAAGCAGCUGGUCUGAGCUGCGGGUCUCAUGGUGGUUUUCAAACCAGCAGAAGCUCUUCCAUUUCUUUCAUCCUGAUCCACAGACUAUGAUGUCGGAUUCUUACCUGCUGCCAACUUAAUCCAUUUGGUCUCACCGACCAGAAUAAUCAGGAAUCAUCUUUCGCUCCCCGUGUCUUCGUGAACACGGAGUCUCGUCAUUCAUUUCUAAUAAUCCCUUGCGGCGGACACAUUUCAUGAUUUCACUCUGGUGAGGGAUGUAAAGCGUUUGUCCACGCGCCUGAGAUCGAGAUGAGAUCACGUGUCCUCAUUCCUCCUCUCGCUCUACUGUACGAGUGACCGCUCUGCCAAACGGACGUCCUGCGUUGUCUCAGGCAGCUACAGGGAGAAACUGACCACGCAGAGUUUAGCUCAGAAUUUAUUAUGUUUUCUCCUCACCUGGGUUUUUCUGUUUUUAAAGGAGAAGUAAAGAUUUUGUAAUCUGUUUAAAUACAAUACUCACAUUUUCAUCAUGAUUUUUAAGGAGGUAUUUGUAAUUGGCCAUACUGACUCCUCAUUAAUCCACAGUCCUUCUAAUGUGCAGUUGUACAAAAUCCCCCAUGU